AUGACUCUCAUGAAGAAAUCAGCCGUCGCCAUGGCCCUCGCAGGUGCUGUGAGCGCUCAGUCGACAUCGUCGGUUGUCAGCGUAUUCUUCCCCGACAUCGAUAAUCAAGCGCUUGUUGGAUCUGUGAUCACUUCGGAUGCAUCCCAAACCACAAUGGUAGUUGCAUGCCCGUCAUCCGCCUCCGAUACAGACUGUGGCCUGUUCGAACCGGUCACGGUCACGGUCGGACCACAAACGUUUCACGUAAGCAUUGACGAGCCUUCCGAUGACAUUACCGUCGUUCUCGACUGUGCCAUGGAUGGGACAACUGCCGCAACUUGCGCGCAGACCUAUAUUGGACCGCAAGCCUUCCUCGAGACCGAUAUAAGUGUACUUACUGCAUCGGAUGCCACAACAAACACCGCCAUCACAACAAGUGUAACGUCGACAGUACUGGCGCAAUCUGAGAUUUCCUUCAUUGGAAUCACCCUGGUCGACUCCAUAGACGCAUCGGCUGCGGCGACUACUGGUGCAAGUGGCACUGCUUCGACGGCCUCAAGCACAGGGUCAGGUACAAGCACAAGCAGUGGAUCAUCCACGGCAUCGCAAACAGGCGGCUCGUCGACAUCAAGUGGAACAGCAGCUGCUACUGGAACGGGGACCAGCAACGGUGCUAGCCGAACGGAUGGCCGUCCCUUAGUGUUCUCGGUUCUUGGUGCAGGGCUACUAGGAUUGACAGCUCUCCUUUUGUAA